GGUGCCCCACUGGGCCUGGGUGCCGGUGGCUGAGCCCCGUACUCCGGCAGGAGAAGGACGGCGAGUUCAGCGUGCUGCAGCUGGUGGGCAUGCUCCGGGGCAUUGCGGCUGGCAUGAAGUACCUGGCCAACAUGAACUAUGUCCACCGCGACCUGGCUGCCCGCAACAUCCUCGUCAACAGCAACCUGGUCUGCAAGGUGUCCGACUUCGGCCUGUCCCGCGUGCUGGAGGAUGACCCCGAGGCCACCUACACCACCAGCGGCGGCAAGAUUCCCAUCCGCUGGACAGCCCCGGAGGCCAUUUCCUACCGCAAGUUCACCUCGGCCAGCGACGUGUGGAGCUAUGGCAUCGUCAUGUGGGAGGUGAUGACGUACGGCGAGCGGCCCUACUGGGAGCUGUCGAACCAUGAG